AAGGCUAAGGUCCUGAGGAGGAUGUGGCUGCAGAAUUUACUUUUCCUGAGCAUUGUGGUCUACAGCUUCUCAGCACCCACCCAUUCACCCAUCACUGUCACCCAGCCUUGGAAGCAUGUAGAUGCCAUCAAAGAAGCUCUGAGCCUCCUGGAAAAAAUGUGUAAAAUCCCUGCCAUGCUGGAUAAAGACGACGUAGACAUUGUCUCUGAAGAAUUCUCCGUCCAGAGGCCAACCUGUUUGCAGAAACGCCUGAAGGUAUACGAGCAGGGACUACAGGGCAACUUCACCAGAUUCAGGGGCACCUUGACCAUGAUAGCCAGACACUACCAGAAGUACUGCCCCCCCACCCCGGAAAAUGAAUGUGAGACGGAAGUCACCACCUUUGCGGAUUUCAUAGACAGCCUUAAAAACUUUCUGUUUGACAUUCCCUUUGACUGCUGGGAGCCGGUCCAGGAGUGAGACAGCCCAGCCAAGAUCUUGAUCCAACUUCUCAUACGGCUGCUUUUGUGCCUAUGUAAUGAGCCAGCAACUCAGGAUUUCUGCCUUGAAGGGAUCUAGGGGUGGGCCACAGCCACAGUGGGGGCAGUACACACCGUCUCUGAACAUGUUGACUCACACAUAGAAAUGGUAGACAAAUGAGGGGUGUUUUCUACUGAUAGGGACCAGUAAUAUUUAUUUAUGUAUUUAUAUUUUUAAAAUAUUUAUUUAUUUAUUUAUUUAAGCUAGCAACUCUAUAUUUAUUUAUGCAGGA